AUGGCCGCUGACUGUCCACUUCGUGGCAGCAUUUUUCUAGCUUCAAUGAGCUCGGCGGCCCCGCCGCUGGGGAGCGCGGCCGCGCCGCCGCUGGAGCUGGAGGUGGAGGUGCCGCGCUUCACGGGCUCCUCGCUGGCCGUCGUGUGCGUCUACUGCGUGCUGUUCGCCGUCGCCGCCACCGGCAACCUCACCGUCUUCGUGACGCUGGUGCGCGGCCGGCGCUACCGCAAGUCGCGCAUCUCGCUCAUGAUCGCGCACCUCGCGGCCGCCGACCUGGUCGUCACCUUCAUCAUGAUGCCGCUCGAGGUGAGUCCGGCGCGCGCCCCGCCAGGUACUGACUGCAGUGCUCCCACCAGAGUGGCGUAG